GGGACGAUACUUACCGACUUAUAAAAUCUCAUCAAAAGGCAAAAGGCAAUGCAUUGAAGUAUGCUAUUCAGGGGGCCAUACAGGUUAGCUGGAGUGUUACUAAUUUUCCUGGUCGUCAACGUGUUCACAGUGUUCUUCUUCACACAACAUCAACUUGACCAAGGUGAGAGCUAUACCCAUCAACUAUUGUCUAAGUCGCUCCUCAUCACUUCGCUGCAACAAGAACUCAAACAAACAAAGGCCGAACUCCAAAAUCUCACAGAACUCUUAACCCAAAAGCAGACCAGAGUAAAUGUUAACUUCCCCACCAUCUACGUGAUAACACCCACCUACCAAAGAUGGACGCAGAAAGCUGACCUUUUGAGGCUGUGUAUGACCUUAAUGCAUGUGCCUAAACUGCACUGGAUCUUAGUGGAAGACUCAGACCAGCAAACUCGGCUAGUUACCAGAUUGCUUUCGGGAAUUGAGAGCUGCAAAAUUGAUAAGAGUACACAACUGAAUGUAAGAACUCCAGAGCAAAUGAGACUAUCAGAGAAUGAACCGAAAUGGAAAAAGAAUCGCGGAGUGGAGCAGAGGAACCUGGCCAUUGAUUGGCUGAGGGAGAGACAAGCAGGGGAUGGUCUCAAUGAGAAGGGUGUGGUCUACUUUGGAGAUGAUGAUAACACCUAUGACCCAGUACUAUUUGAAGAGAUGCGCUACACUACUACUGUCUCUGUAUGGCUGGUGGGGAUCACGGGUGGGUUAAGGUUUGAAGGUCCGCUGUGUAAGGAUGGUCAUGUGACUGGAUGGUAUGCUGAGUGGGGCACUACAAGAAAGUUCCCGAUAGACAUGGCCGGUUUUGCCGUCAAUCUGGAUCUCCUUGUCUCCAAGCCUACAGCGUACAUUAAUCCUAAAGCGCUGCGUGGUAACCUUGAGAGCUCCCUGCUGGAGCACCUGGUAACCAAGGAGGAGCUGGAGGGAAGGCCACUAGAUUGUAAAAAAGUGAUGGUGUGGCACACUCGGACUGAGAAACCCAAAAUGAAACAAGAAGAUCAACUCAUCCAGCAAGGCAAACCGUCAAACCCUCAUAUAGAAGUAUGAUUUCAUACAACAAUAAUUAUUUUUGGUAUUAUAGUAUAAU